AUGGGUAGUACAUGCAAAAAUAUUUGUAAACAAUAAGUAGCAGAAAAAGAAUUAAAUAUUAAGGUUAUGAAAAAAGUAAAGUUAAAAAAGAAAUAACAUUCAAAUGGAGAUUCUAAGACUGAUCCUUAUUGUUCACCCUAAUUAUUAAUAAAAGAAGAAUCAAUUGGAGAUGAGUCUAAAUUUAGUCAUUCUUAAAAUGAUUAACCACUAUUUGUUAAGACAAAACAAAUCAAUAGUAUUGCUGUUCCAACUGAUAGAAAAAAUCGGUUUCUAAAUGAUUAAGAGUUAGAAGUCAAGUAUUUGAUUAAACAAAAGUAUGUUAUUAUAAUGAUAUGAUAAGUUUGUUAAAAGAAUAAGAAGAAUUAUAAAGAUUGUAAAUAGAGUUUGAAAUGUAAAAGUAAUUACAAUAAGAAGAAUAUGAUAGAAAAUAAAAAGAAAAAGAGAAAUCUUAAUAAGAACUUGAGAAUUAAUUUUCUUUCUAAAACUCAUUUAAACAAACUUAAAUUGAAUAAACAUAUGUUUAAUCCUCCUCUAAUCCUUAUUUACCAAGAUAAACAUCUUAAUUUGCACCAAAAAAAGCAGAUUGUGAUACUGUUUCUUAAAAAUCUCAAAUUUCCAAAACACCAACAAUACCUUUAAAAGAUCAAUAAGUGUCACCUAAAAGUGAUAUCAUGAGAAAAAGUGCUUUAAAAAAGAUUAAACAAAACAAAGAAGAAAUAGCAAGUAAUAAUGCAAGUAUUGGUACUCCUAAAAAUGAGACAAAAAGGAAAUAAUAAUAAUAAGAUGCUUUUGAAAAAAUGUUUAGUGAAUGUUGUUCUUUUGAUGAAAGAAGUUAAAGUGGAAGUCAUAAAACAGUAAAAAGUGUAAAAAGUAUACUAAAAAAAAAUACAUCCUUAUCUUAAAGAAGUAUUUCUAUGGGAAAGAAUUCUAUUAAAUCAAGUCAUACUGUGUUUAAAAUUAAAUAAACUAAAAAAGUUAGAUUUUCUAAUGAUACUAAUUUUAAUAAUGAAAGAAAAGGUGUUCCUAAACUAAAAAGAAAUUGGUGGGAAUUCUGA